AUAUUAUCUUAUCUUUCCGUGCUGUGUCUUGUACUUUGAUUUCUAAUGACCGGCAGAUUUUCCUUUUCCCUUUAUCAGUAUGGUUUCACAGUAAUGAUUGUAUUGCCAGCCCAUGCAUGAACAUGACUAUAAAAGAAACUGCAGCUUAAGUCUCAAGCCUGUUUGUCAGUAAGGACUUAUACAAGGCACUAUGUGCUGUAAGGCAAUAAUUUGGCUGUCUGUUGCAUCGGUCAUCGGAGGAUUGCUAGCAAUAUUAGGUGGAAUUCUUAUACCCCUGGGAGAUAAAAUCAUUGGUGAUGAAGUCAGCAAGGUACAGUGACUCUUAAAUAAUAUUUAUUUAUUUUAAUUAUUCAUUUUGUGCUAGUAAUUUUGUUUGUACUAUAGGAUAUUAUAGAGCCAUCAAGACAACCUUCACCUUAUACAAUAUCUUACUUUCAAGGCAAUACUAAACUAACAGUUGGUAUCAACACAUAUAAGCGAAUGCUUGUAAUGUUCAAAACUGUUUUCAUCUUUUUAGCAUAAAAUAUGAAAAUUAUUUACACAUUUAUCAUACCACUUACUCACAAUACAAUGAGAUAUACAGCAAGAAUUUUGCGAGUGUGAGUUAUAUUUUUAGCAGCAGCUGCCUACAUUAAUUUGAUUCCUCUCAAAAAAAUGUUAUGCCUUGGUAGGAGAUAUUUCACUCUGCUCAGCUCCUCUCCCAGAAUAUUACUCAGGGGCGGACUGAGCAAUCGGGCAAUUCGGUCAUGGCUGCAGUAAGAAAUGGCUGAGCUGGGGAGUUAAACAAUUUCCCCAGCCAGCCUUCACAAAGUAAGGGGCCCGCACAGUCUUCCGCAGUCCCCUACUGCUAAAAACUUUCUCCCUUUGCUGGGUACACUGAGGGACAUCUAAGGGCAGGGCCGGACUGGCCCACCGGGAUACCGGGAACAUGGGGUGUGUGUCUGUCUGUCAUGGGGUGUGUGUCUGUCCGUCAUGGGGUGUGUGCCUGUCUGUGUCAUGGUGUGUGUGCCUGUCUGUGUCAUGGUGUGUGUGUGUGGGUCUGUCUGUGUCAUGGUCUGUCUGUCCGUCAUGGUGUGUCUGUCUGUCCGUCAUGGUGUGUGUCUGUCUGUGUCAUGGUCUGUCAUGGUGUGUGUGUGUGUCUGUCAUGGGGUGUGUAUCUGUCAUGGUAUAUGUGUGUUUCUGUGUCUGUCAUGGUGUAUAUGUGUGUUUAAAAAUAGUGUUUUUGCUCAUCUUUUUUUUCCCCACGCAGCGUGCUGGUCUCCCCUCGACUGGCCCUGCCUCUAUAGCUGAGAUCAUCAUGCUUGAUGAUCUCAGCCAAUCCAAUGCUUUGCCAUAGGAUUGGCUGCAAAACGCCACUCCAAUCAGCAUCUCCUCAUAGAGCUGCAUUGAAUCAAUGUAUCUCUAUGGGGAACGUUCAGCACCUACAGAGUGUGGAGGCCCUGAAUGUAGGUGCACUGACACAGGAAGCACCUCCAGUGACCGUCUGAGUGACUGUCACUAGCAGUGUCACUUUGAAGCAAUGUAAACACUGCCUUUUCUCUGAAAAGUCAGUGUUUACGUUGAAAAGCCUGUAGGGACAUGCUAUAGACACCAGUACCACUACAUUAAGCUGUGUGUGUGCGUCUGCUAGUGAGUGAGCUUGCUUGCAUGCGUGUGCCUGCUAGUGAGUGAGCUUGUGUUUUUAUGUCAAUGAGCUGAUGUAUAUCAGUGAGAUUGUUUGUCUAUGAGGCUGUCUAUCAAUGAGCUUGUGUGUGUCAUUGAGAGGUCAGUGAAAUUGCCUGUGUCUGCAUGUGAGUAUGCUUACUGUAUAAUUAAAUGUUUUACCCUGAAAGGACCAAUAUUUUAUAUUAGAAAAAGCAAUAUAUAUAUAUAUAUAUAUAUAUAUAUAUAUAUUACUCAAUCAUCUGUCAUGGCAAGAUAUAGCCUUACAUAUUACAUGCGACAAUAUAUGGCGCAGUGACUUAUGGGGCUGGCACAAAUUUAUUUUCCAGGGCUGCGUAUCCCCAGUGGCUAAGGGGCCUUCCCAAAUCUGUGUGCCUGUCUUAGAGUGGCUGAAGGAAAUCUGCAGAGGCUCCAAGAGCAGAGCAUCUGCCAGCAGAUCAGCACAGCCACACGGAGCAUGCAGACAUCCUGUAACACUAAUCAGGGCAGCUCUGUGUGGCUGGUUCUGCAAUAAGUAACAUCAUGCCCUACCCCUCUGCAUCCACUACAGCCGUAAGCCAGUCGGUACUCCCCUGCACAAACUACAGCCCCUACCCUUCUGCACCCAUUAAAGCCCAUACCCCUCUGCACCCACAACAGCCCCUACCCCCUGCACCCACUACAGCUCCUACCCCCUGCACCCACUACAGCCCCUACACCAGGCACCCUCUAGACCCCUAUAACCCCUGAACCAACUACAGUUCCUACCCACUGGAACCUUCUAGAGCCCCUAUAACACCUGCACCUUCUAAAGACCCUACCCCCCACACUCACUAUGACGCUUACCCCCCCACGUCAAACCCAUUACCCCCUGCAACCACUACAACUCAUUACUACUGCCCCCACUACAGCACCUAUACCCACUACAGCCUCUUUCCUAUUGCCUCCACUACAGCCCCUAUCCCCGCUCUACUUUCUAAAGCCCCUAUACCUGCUCUAUCCACUACAGCCCCUAUCCCCGCUCCAUCAACUGCAGCCUCUAUCCCCACUGGAUCCACUACGGUCCCUGAUCCUCACCUGCAAUUACUACUAAUGUUAUUUAGUGGUGGUAAUUAAUAGUGCAUUCAUUCACACCUACUCUCCUACAUUCACUCUCCGUACAUAUAAACCCCUGCAUUUACAGACCAUGCACACGUAUGAUCGAUCCUGUGUUCACACACUCUGACUCUUGACACAUGCAAACCUGUCACACACACAAACUUCAUGCAAAUAUAGCCUUGCCUUUACAUACACAUACAGACCCUCAAUACAAAUAUGUCCCUGCAUACACACUCUGGUGUCAUGGACAUACUUGAAUGAAUAAAAAAGCACAAGCAGUUAAAGGGACACUAUAGUCACCAGAACAACUACAGCUUAAUGUAAGUAAAUUACCUUUUUAACAUGACAGGUAAGGAGGGCCGGAGACCUAAACGGCUGUUUUACUCAUAUCGUGCCAGAAUUACACAUUUGUAUUACUGACACACUAGUUUUCCUUUAAGGUGGCUUAACACCUGGUUUGUAAUUCAAGAUGCAAAAUUUGGAGCCCUGCAUAUCUCAUACAAACACAUUGCCACAAUUCACAAAUACCCCCUUAUACAUACUGCCAUAUUGCGCAAAUACACAUUUGUACAGCAUACUACCCUAUUUAAAAAAAACAAAAAACAAGAAAAACAUGUAUCUAAAUAUACUCUGCAUUCACAUAUCAUGACACAACACACAGACAUACAUACACCAGGGCUCACAGUGACGAUACACACAGAAACAUACAUCACUUUACAUGUACAUACAAUCAAAUACAAGGUACAUCUACACCAGCAUAUGUUGGUCUGCAGGGGACCCAGGUACUAAUUUUGCCUGGGGGGCCAGGCAACUGUUAGUCCAUCCCUGAUAUUACUAAAAUAUGAGGAGGUGAAUUAAAGAUAACUGUUAUUAAAAGAUUCAUUAAGCAUAACCCUAAACCAAACGUUGGGAUCCUGGAGACAUUCGUAAGCCUCACAAUGAUAUAUUUUUGCUGUCUUCAACAUUAUGUAUUAUCAGAAAAACAGGCAGAUCAUUUAAUAUAUAAAUAAGCAUAUAUCAUAUUAAAAUAGACAGGUCUCAUUUUACAACUAUUCAGUUUAGUGUACCACUGUAUACUGUGAGUUAUAUCCUGUAAACCACAGGGAUGCAUCAUACUAUGAACUGUGAGUUCCUAAAUCUAGAUGCAGCACUGGUAUAGUAAAGAUCCAUAAAAUGUCUAGCUAGCAUCACCUUUUAACCCCAAUUUAACCCCCUCCUGGUUGAACUAGGUUUACUACAUUUUUACAGAUGCUUCUACAUGUUGGCAACCUGUCCCAAUAUUUUAUCUUCUUCUUAUGCCUUCAUUAGAGAGGAACAAGCUGCUAGAGAAAUGGAACCCAAAGUGAGCAUAGCUACAGCCUCUGGGGGUAACCUGACAUUAGAAGGGCUAUUCACUAAAAUGAGAAUUGCCAGAAAUUAAAAGUGAAUUUCAAAUGUCAGAUGCAAAUAUUCUGAAUCUGAAAGUUGAAAUAUACAAUGCAUUAUAUUUCCAAAGUUGUCUUAUGCAUUCAAAGGUAUGUUAUUUAUUUUUUUCGUAACAGGAAGCAGUAAUUCAAGAUGGAACCAUUGCCUAUGAAAACUGGAUUGUAACAGGAAGCCCAGUCUACAGAUAUUUUUGGGUAUAUGAGGUUUUAAAUCCUGAUAAGGUAUUGCAAGCAGAAGUACCACAACUAAGACAAAGAGGUCCCUAUGUUUAUCUGUAAGUAAACAUUUGUUAGAGACGCAAACUCAACCAUUGCAAAUUGUGUUUACAGGUUAGCUUUUUCAUUGCUUAGUUCCAGCAAUGUUAACUGUACAUUAUUCUGAUUUCUAUAAACGUCAAAUACAUGUAAAUAUUGUCUAAUUGCAUGCUAAUUUCUAAAACUAAUAUACCAAAAAGCAUAUUCUUAAAAUCUUGAAUAUUAGUGAUACUUGUUUACUAUUUUUGAAACAUCUAUAACAGAGUAUGUUAUUUUAAACAUAUACCCUGCUUACAGUACUGGAUUAUGGGUCUAUUGGUCCUAGUGCGGAUUAUUAUGAAUAUUAUAUUAUAUUAUAUUAUAGACAGAAAAUGCUAAACUGGCCAUACCUCACAAGUGUCUUUUUUCUGGUGGAUAAUGUGCUGGAGGGAUACUUGUAAGCAGUAACAGCUGGUGAAGUUUAAAGAUUGUGCGGUACUGCCCCACCGACUUGUUGUGCUCUAUGCACUGAACCAACUUGGAAUAUUGAAACAUCAUAUUAAGAUAAUACUAAUAAAAGGAACAAGCCCACCAAUAAAAUGAUACACAUAUUUAGCUGAUAACAGUAUAACAGAGGGACCCUUGACUUCCAGUGAUGCUGCCCAGCUCACUCCCUCACAUACUUUUAGCACUGUACCCAUUUUUGUUUUUAAGGUUAUAUUUUAAGCCUACACAUACCAUAUGUCAAUCUCUCCUAUCCAUCUAUCAACCCAGUCUUUCUGUCCAUCUUACAUGCCCUGGAGUUCUUAUCUCCUCUCUUUCUUGAGUUCUAAACUUUGAAUCACCUCUCCUUAGGGCUCACUUUUCCUCUCCUCUCUUUCCCUUCUUACUAGUAGGCAGAAGCUGCUCCCAGUGUACAGUCAGGGAUGAAGAAAAAAGUGGGUACAGUGAGUGUAGCAGAAUAGGGGAUAUGCCACAUUGCCACAUGAUGACAGGAGAAUGUUGGGUUGUUAGAGAGAUAGAAGCAGCUAGAGCAUUUGCACAAUGCAUAAAGUCAGCUUUAAGUUGAUUAUUUUAAAGCCACCUAGUGCACAGAAGUUUUGCCUCCUGUGUCUCUCCCAAUCCUUACCCAUUCUCCAAUCCCUCUGCACAAAAUGUAAGAGCACGGGCAAGAGAGGAGUGGUAAAUCAAAAAACAAUUCCACUUAUGAAAACCAAAGGGGAAAAUCUUGACUAGGGAAUUUUGAUAAUGUCCUUAUCAACUAAUAUAGCCCUCUUUAUUCUGUUAAAUUAUCAUUAUUAGCAACAAUUUCUUUAGACAGAUAAUUUCAUAUUAUUGUUGGUGAAGGCUCUGAAAUACAAACAUGUUAUUGCCCUCUCCCAGCCCCCACCCAUUGGCUGCAGAUGGGGGGGGGUAUAAAAAAAAAAAAGAAAUAGGUGUAUGUGCGAUGGUUCAGUCCCCCAAAUGUGUGUGCCUUCCACAACCCCCCAGUGGCUAUAGGUCCCAAUGCCCUUAGCCAUCCUGUAAUUAACCCCUUAAGGACACAACGUCUGGAAUAAAAGGAAAUCAUGAUGGAAUAUUUCCAUCAUGUGUCCUUAAGGGGUUUAAAAAAUCCCUACACACCCCUCACCCUUAUAUUGGUAAAGGUUAGCAAUAAAUCUGUCUGCUGGCUGCUCUUUGUUUAGUAGACAUGUCCCCACCUGCAGCAUGGAGGCAGAAAGUAGUUUUUUAAGACUCUCUAUUUUAAUACAGGGGUUUGCAAAAUCAGGACAUUCUUAAAUAUGGUGAACAAUUUCUGUGUUUUGCCGUCAAAAUGACUCUGUACUGCACCAAAUGGUUUGGCCUUAUUUGGUAUAGGACCAUUUAGACUUUAAUGCUAAAAUAAAUGAUUUGGAAAAAUACUCCAACUCCGUUAUUACUUGGCUAUCUAGAUAUGAAUAUUGCAAUUUAGUUUUCAGUAUAUCGCAAUUCACUUUUUAGUAAUUAAACCCUAUUUUCUCUUAACAUAUGCUGCACUCAUAAGUGCCUGCCAUCAGAUCAGACAUGUCCUGUAAGAAGUUCUCUUCAAACUCCCUUCUUAUUUCUAAAAAGUAUAGGUGUUUGAGGUCGCAUGUUCUUGUUUUGUUGCAACUUUCUCAAACCAUGGAAAUAGGGAAUGUUGUCAUUACUGUACAAAUAUGUAACAGCUAUGGGAAUAUGAACAAUGGGCUAAUUGUAUUUGUGCUUCUAGAGUUAAUUGUAUCAUUAAUAUACACUCUACAAAUAGGAUAUCACAAGUUAAUCACCUUAUAUAGAAUAUGUUUUUCAUUGUAAAGGAAUGUAAACAUUUGCCUUUUAAAUCCAACUUACAUUCCCCUCAGCUGGAAAGUCAGUUUUUUUCUGGUGGGCUCUGGUCAGUGAUCCUCUGCUGUGAUCUGCCUUCCCAUACUACAAAAGGGUGGAGAGCAGGUAUACAAUUGGGAAGAAGUGAGUAGAGCUAAAGAGACACACAAAGGUGCAUGGGGAAGGGGACAAUGACACACAGAGGAAUUGGGGAAGGGGACACAAAGACACAGAUGAAGUGGGGAAGGGGACACAGACAUACAGAGGAAUUGGGAAAGAGGACACAGAGACACAGAGGAAUUGGGAAAAGGGGACAAAGACACACACACACAGAGGAAUUGGGAUUAUAUAUCUGGAAAAUAAGAAAUGAUAGAACUUAGUUUUGUAAUGAUUGUAAUCUUUUGUUUUUUUUUUUGCUAUCUUGUAAUAAUGAAAAAAGGGAUUUAUUCAAAAAUGAAAGAGAAAAAGUAAAUGAGCUAUUGACCAACCACUCACCCAUUUCACUCUGACAAGAACAAAGUUUCCUACACAGCCAGUAUGUAGCGUCGGUAACAGUCCUCUAAAAAAGGAAAAACUGUGCCAUUGCAGCAAGAGUCAUUUAAUUUGAAAAAAGGUUUAAAAAAAUAAAUUAAAAUAAAAGGAUGGGACUGGUUGAAUCUAUUUUUAUCAAUGACCUUGCUUAGGAAAGAAAAAACUUAGAUCUUUGUUAUUGAACUACACUUCCCAGGCUUCCCCCAUUUGUCACACAGAUAAGUGAGAGUAAACACACAGGAUCACUACUAGUCUACCUUCCUCAGUAGCUGAAGCAAAAAUGUCUGACAAAAUUCAGCUUGGAAGUAUAGUUUUAUUACUCCUCCUUUUUUCAAUUCUAUUAGUCACUACUUUUACUGUUAAUAAAAUCAACAUUUAGUGUUUUUUGUUUGUUUGUUUUUUUAUAAAAAAAACUUUUUAUUGGACAGGGGAUCAAGCCCACAUGUUUGGACAGACCUUUUAUCCAUCAUGGGAAACUAAGCUACUUAUUUGCACACACCCAAAAAAUCUUUUCCAUUCCAUCCCUCUUUUUUCUGGUGCCAGGAGCAACACUUUGAGUCAGGAACUAGACCAAAUAUGUUCGGUUCUCUGAGAUUUUGUCACAUGGUGAUUCAGAAAUCAGAAUUGUCUUAUUUGCCCAAAGUCUGCAGAAUUGCAGUUUGGCACAAAACGAAUCUCUAAGUCAAGUUCUAAGCAUACUACAGGGUUUCAAUUCAUAUUAAUUUAAAUUUUUAAAUUUUAGUCCACUGCAGUCUACCGUUUUAAAAUUUGUUUUAUCCGAUAUCCAUGUACUAGUUAUACAGCCUAUUUUUCAAAUUAUUCUUAUUUUUCAUUGAAAUAAUUAAGAGAUUGGCAAUAUUAGUGACACAUUUAUUAAAAUUAAACGUUCAGUAAUUGCAGAAAUUCAGACACUAAGUAAAUUUAACAAUUUAAGCUUAGUCUUAAUACAAAUAUGUUAUACUGUUAAGAUCAGCUGAGGUGAUGAAUAAGUGAUCAAAUCAGCCUUCAUAUCUGAUUGGAAAAUGUAUAAUAAUAAUUCUGUGACGCAGCUGAAGUGUUCAUAUCUACUAUAAAACAGAUAAAGGUCCAUUGCUUCAAUGGCCAUAAAUGUAAAACUUCUAAUACCUUGGAGCUCUCUAGUUUUUAACCUCUGUAUAUUUUUAAUCUUCUUCAUCUAAACUAUGCUUACAUUAUUUAAAUUUAGGGAAUUUUCAGGCAACAUGUGUUCCAUGUCAGCCGCAUAUUAAGGCACUCCGUUAUGGCGCCAGUUGGUGCUCCCCAUUAUACAGCGUAUUUGUGCUCUUAUCUGUUACUAGUUGCUUGGUGCUGGGCAUCUAUUUUGGCAACUAACUUUUAAUCGCCUCCCACAUUUUCCCCAUCAUUUUGUUGGAACUUAAGUCUCUGAAGAAUAAUCUAAUUAUUUAAUUAUGUAAAUUGCAUUAAUUGCUUUUGCCAAUAAAUAGUUCCUGCCAGUUGAUUUGAUUUGCAAAACCCAUCUAAUUUCUUUUUUUAUAGUUAAUCUCAAAUUAUAUCAUGUUAUGACCACUAUUUCCCAAGUACUCCCUAACUUGAAGGUUUAAAAAAUAGGUCAACAUUAUUAGUUAUGGCAGGAUCAAAACAAGCAUCUAUUGUAGUUGGUGCUAAUCCUGUAUCCCUUAACUGUACUGCUAGUUCAUCUGGCCCAAUCAAUGUCUGGACAAUUAAAAUCUCCAAUGAUUAACUAAUUACUUACUAAUUAUGAAGCUGGUAUUUAAACAUGUUGUUUCAAGUCAUAAUUUAGAAAGUGUUUGUCAAAUUAAGUAGAUGUUGAGUAAUACAGCAACAAAAAAAGUUAAAGGCAGAGAGGAACUAUAUAAAAUACACAUAUAAAAUACUUUCCAUGUUCAGUAGAGUCAUGUAUGAGGAUGUGUCUCUAGUUUUAUCAACACUUUAUUUAAGAGACUGGCAUUUUAAAAUAUUAAGAGAGAAUACUUUGUAAAGUAACCAAACCAGAGAUUAUAUGCGAGGUUUAACUACGAAUGCGAGGCACAAAUAUACUAUGGGCGUCUAUACCUUGCAGAUAAAGUGCGUUGUUUUUUUUUUGUUUUGUUUUUUUUUAACAAGGAGCUUUACUUUAAUAUGAACAUUUACAAAUAAAGCGGACUAACAUAGACAUAUAUUUUAUUUCUUUCAUAGGGUCCGACAUUUACCUAAAUUAAAUGUGACGCAGCAUCACAACGGCACUGUAACUUUUUGGCAACCAAACGAAGCCAUCUUUCAAGAAGACAAAUCAAAUGGCUCAGAACAUGACAUAUUUACCGUGUUAAACCUGGCUGUUGCUGUAAGUUAAUCACAUACAAAUUAUUGCAAAUGUAUUCCAAUUAUUUUGCAAAUGUGCACUAGAACUACAUUUAAAUAAGUUAAUCACAAGUUAAUUAUAUUGAAAAACAAAAACUAUUUCAAGUAUGUAAUUUUAAGUUUUGGAUCUAUAUAAAUUGUAUAUGUAUAUACGUUGAUGUGUGUUCUAAGCGCUAAACAAAACGUUAUGUAGUCAGCAAUACAUUGAACAGAUCCUCAUUAAGUAAUGAUGGUUUCUGAAAAUAUACCAACCUGUUCCUAGGUCUAAAUCCACAAGCAAUGAAGAUAGGUUGUAGUAGGUAUGGUGCUUAAUAUUAUUUGUUAAUGUUGCAGUGCAACGUUAUCUGCAGGAGUAGCAAAAGAAGGCUCUUGGGCUGCAGCACUGAAAUAAACACACACAACAACAUUGAUGUAUUAAAUGCAUAAAAAAAUAUAUUGUUGUUUUCGAAGUCACGAAACAUUGCAAUGAGACCAGCAGGGUCACCAUCGUGCGGUAUGGUGAUAAUCUGUUAAGAUGCCUGGCCAGAUUUUGGCCACACAUUAUGCUCUGUAAUGCUAUGUGUGCUGAUUGGGUUCUGGACUGCAAUGCAGAUCUGUGAUGGUACGGCCCCUUGUACAAUGGCACAGGCUGCCCCAAUUACACUCUAGCGUGGUCAGACUGAGAGAAAGUCAGGUCUAAUCACUUUUUCCCAGAGCUCAAUAUUUUACAUUUUGUGUGUAUCUCUUUUAGUGUUUUUGUACGUGUGUGUGUGCCUGACAAUAUGGCUGUAAAUGGUGGCGAUAUGGCUGUAUGUAAUAUCACAUCCUCUCUCCACUCACUCUACAUGUCGCUUGCUUGGAAACCUGGACCAGCCCCUACAGACUAGGCAGAGGAACAUGAAGAUCAUAUAUUAUGGCCUUGCUAUGCUUCCAUUGGGGACCAUUUGAAUGGGGGGCACUCAAGAAGGUGAUGGCACAGUUGAUUAAGGGGAAACACACAAGGCAUUUAGCGAAUAAGGAGAAAUACAAAGUGCAUUAUCCUACUGCUAUUAACCCCUUAAGGACCAAACCUCUGGAAUAAAAGGGAAUCAUGACAUGUCACACAUGUCAUGUGUCCUUAAGGGGUUAAACAUGUGAGCAAUGCAACUAGCAAAAAAUGAAAUGCACAGGAGUCAGACAAAAUGAUGCCAAAAUGUUUGCGGUGUAAAUAAUUAAGGAACACUAAAUCUCUAAACCACUUAGACAUGCUGAAGGGCUUUAGGGGAUAAUGGAACAUUCCAAGCACCAUAAUCUCUACUGCAGCUGGGGGGGGGGGGAUACCUAAUGCGCAUGCACGGCAAUGGCUGCGUGCAUUAGACUUUCCCAUUGGAAAGCAUUAUUCAUUGCUUUCCUAGGGGGGAAAUCUGAUGCUGGAGGUACAGGAGAACGUCCAGUGUCAGAUAAUGGACCAAAAGUCUGUUUAGAUUCCGGAAGUUAGACAGCCACAGAAGCCAGACUUAGAGCUGCAAUGUAAACUUUGCAGUUCUCUGGAACUGAAAUGUUUUACAUUGCAGCACUAAGUGCAAAAGGGUCACAGCCCCCAGACUACUUCAAUUAAUAGAGGCAUAAAUUCUCGGGAUGAGAAUAUCAUUGUGCCUCUCUAUAAAUCACUGGUAAGACCACAUAUUGAAUAUGCUGUGCAAUUUUGGGCACCUGUUCUAAAGAAGGAAAGGUUUUCUUUACAGUAAGAACUAUAAGGAUAUGGAAUUCUCUGCCUGAAGAGGUGGUUUUAUCAGAGUCCAUACAGAUGUUUAACCCCUUCAGGACUGCUGACAGUUCAGGACCGUCAGCGGUAAAACGUGCGUUUGGACCGCUGGCAGUCCUGAACCGUCAUAGCGAAAAACGGGCUACGGAAGCAAUCAAAGAUCGCUCCUGACAGUAUAACGCUGUAACUAUCUGCCAGACAUCCCAGGCAGAUAGUAACAGCCAAUUGCGGUGUGUGAGCGAUCCGCAAUCGCUCACAAUUGUCUGCUGUCAAAGUGGGUGUUACAAACACUCACUUUGACAGUGAUCUCUGCCCCUCUCUCCUCUGUAGCGUUUUGUGAGGAGAGACAGAGAUCGUGAUAGUUUGUUGCAGCAGUGUUUAGUGACCAUCAGAAAGUAUCAGUAUUUUAUUUUAAAAAUCACCUUUUAAUCCCUUCCCUGCCAGAUCUGUUACAGCAGUGCAUUUGUACUGUCUGUAUUUUAUUUAUUUUUUUCCAUUGUUUUGUUUUAAAAAUCUGUGUCUUGGUCUGUCUUGGUCAGUCAGUUUCCUUCCCCCAAAUUUCCAUUAGAUUUUUGUGACAGGAGUUAGUUUAGGGAUUGCGGUUUAGUCUGUUUUAGUAAAAAAAGUAAAAUAAUUUGUGUUUGUUAUUUGUUUUAGUUGUGUGUAAAACAUGCAGCGUGUGUAUAACUUGCAGGAGGCAUAUGUCUUCUUUGCGUCAGACUCUGACGCCACUGACACUGCGUCAGAUUUUGACCCAGGUCAGUUUUCUGACAUGUCUAGUCAAGACAACAUGUCAUCUGUGUGUGAGCCGGCUGAAGAAAGAAGCUGUGCUUCCUCUGCUAUGCCGAAUGUGGAGGAGGACUGGGUACCUCCACCAUUAGCCGAGCCAACGUCCCCCCUUUUAGUGCCAACGCAGGCAUUAAUGUUAAUGUGGAUGGCUUCUCCCCAAUGCAGUAUGUAGAACUAUUUUUAGGGGAUACCAUCUGGGAGGAGAUUGCUUUCCAGACUAACUUGUAUGCUACCCAAUUUAUUGAUAACCAUCCAGGUAUACAGUCAGGGAGCAUGACUGGCAUCCCACAGAUGUCCCAGAGCUUAAAAGAUUCUGGGCUCUUACAAUGCUCAUGGGCAGUAGCGUACACAUGACCCAUGGGGCCCCGGUGCAAAAAUUGAUCCGUAGGCCCCCUCCCCCCCCGCGCGCUUACUCGGCGCGGGUCGGGGCCGCAACACAUGGCGGCGGGCACCUGGUCGCAGGGCUGCGACCCCACGAAUGCGGUAUACUGCACACACACCUAAAGGACCACUACAGACACCCAGAUCACAUCAGCUCAAUGAAGUGGUCUGGGUGCCAGGUCCCUCUAGUUUUAACCCUGCAGCUAAAAACGUCUCACUGACAGCCGCUAGAGGCGCUUCUGCGAUUCUCACUGUGAAAAUCACAGUGAGAAGACGCUGGACGUCCAUAGGAAAGCAUUGAGUAAUGCUUUCCUAUGGGCGGUUUGAAUGCGCGCGGCAGGGGGAGGAGUGGUCACCAGCGCUGAUGGAGACCGGCACUGGAGAAAGGUAAUUGGCUGAAGGGGUUUUAACCCCUUCAGCCAAGCGGGAGGGGGGUCCUGAGGGUGGCGGGGACCUAAUGACCCUAUAGUGCCAGAAAAAUGAGUUUGUUUUCCUGGCACUAUAGUGGUCCUUUAAGUGUGAGGGGCUAUGUCUUAAUAAGUAGAUGAACCAGCUUAGUUAAUUAGUAGAUGAACUAAAAAAGUUUUACUUUUUUCAGACAUUGAAAUGAAGGGGAAGUUUUCCUGGAAGGGGGAAAGGGGAUAAAACUUACCUUUUUCCAGCGCUGGGCGGAGAGCUCUCCUCCUCCAAUCCUCCUUCUCUCCUCCCCGUCGGCUGGCUGCGCGCGCAUUCAGCCAGUCACAUAGGAAAGCAUUCAUAAUGCUUUCCUAUGGACGCUGGCGUACUCUCACUGUGAAAAUCACAGUGAGAAGCACGCAGGCGCCUCUAGUGGCUGUCAAUGAGACAGCCACUAGAGGAAAUAGGGGAAGGCUUAACUCAUUCAUAAACAUAGCAAUUUCUCUGAAACUGCUAUGUUUAUGAAAAAAUGGGUUAACCCUAGCUGGACCUGGCACCCAGACCACUUCAUUAAGCUGAAGUGGUCUGGGUGCCUAGAGUGGUCCUUUAACCCUGCAGCUGAAAACAUAGCUAUUUCAGAGAAACGGCUAUGUUUCACUGAGGGUUAAUCCAGCCUCUGGUGGCUGUCUCAUUGACAGCCGCUAGAGGAGAUUCCACGAUUCACACUGUGAAAAUCACAAUGAGAAUACACUGAACGUCCAUAGGAGAGCAUUGAGUAAUGCUUUCCUAUGGGCAGUUUAAAUGCGCGCGCGCGCCUCUUGCCUCGCAUGUGCAUUCGGAGCUGAGAGGCGGCGGGAUCCCCAGCGCCAAGGAAGCCAAGGCGCUGGAGAAAGGUAAAUGCUGAAGACACACACUCUCACGAACAGACGCAUACACACUAGCUAACAGACACACACAUUUACUAACAGAGACACACUCAGCGACAGCCAUACAUACACACUCACUUACAAAACAUACACUUUCACUGACAAACACACACUAACAGACACUCAGUAACAGACACACUAACACUAACACACACACACUAACAUGUUUUUGUUUUUUUAAUUGAAUCCCCCCAGCCUCCUUACCUUUUGGGGUGCUGGGGGUAUUCCCUGGGGUCCAGUGGUGCUGCUGCUGGGCUGCUGGGCUCCUGGGCGGGUGGGCUGUUUGGGUGGCCGGCGCGCGAGGGAGCACUUUCCCCUCAGUGCUUCCUCUUCCGCUCCCUCGCGCGCCGCGUAGGGAUGCCGGAGCCGGAAGAUGACGUCAUCUUCCGGCUCCGGUAUCAGUGCGGUGCGCGAGGGAGCGGAAGAGGAAGCACUGAGGGGAAAGUGCUCCCUCACGCGCCGGCCACCCAAACAGCCCGCCCGCCGGGUGUCAGCAGGGCCAGCCUCGGGGGGCCCUGAGGUGGCCACCUCCUGGGUCCACCAGGAGAAGAGGCUGGCCCUUUGGCUACAUACCGGGUCGCAGGGGCGGCCGGGCCCCCUGGUGGGCCGGGCCCCGUGGUGGGCCGGGCCCAGUCGCAGCCGCGACCCUUGCGACCCUGGUGUGUACGCCACUGCUCAUGGGGAUUAUAAAGAAGCUAUCGAUUUGGUCAUACUGGAGCACCAACCCAAUAAUGUCUAGUCCAGUAUUCUCCCAAACCAUGCCUAGAGCCAGAUACGAGUUACUGCUAAGAUUUUUACAUUUCAGUGACAAUACCCUCAGUCACCCUAGAGAUCACCCCCAAUAUGAUAGGCUUCAUAAAAUACGCCCACUGCUAGACCAUUUUCAGGACAAAUUUUCUGAUGUUUAUACCCCCCAAAAUUUAUCCAUAGAUGAAUCACUAAUGAAAUACAAAGGGAGAUUAGGGUUCAGACAAUACAUCCCCUCAAAGUGCUUUAGGUAUGGCAUAAAACUGUACAAACUGUGCAAGAGCGAAAGUGGAUACACGUUUGCCUUCCGUGUAUAUGAGUGUCCUGACUCCCUGGGGACAAGUGGGAAACUUGUAUGGGACCUACUAAACCCCUUGUUUAAUAAAGGUUACCACCUUUAUGUGGAUAAUUUUUAUAGUAGUGUCCAUCUGUUUAAAACGCUUUAUGGUUUAAAGACACUGGCCUGCGGCACUGCCAGAAAAAAUUCCAAAGACUUUCCACGAUCUCUCAUCAACAAUGCAAAGCACUUCGCAAAGCUGAAAUGCUUGGACUAAAAAUUUAUGGACAGGAAGGAUGUCAACAUGCUAACCACCAUCCAUGACGAACGCAUGUCAGACGUCUCUGUCCGGGGCAGAGUAGAGUCCAAACCGGUUUGCAUCAGGACAUAUAAUAAGUACAUGGGGGGUGUUGAUUUGGCUUAUCAGCUGAUGCAGCCAUAUCUUAUUUUAUGAAAAACCAAAGCAUGGUAUAAAAAGGUGGCUAUCUAUCUGAUGCAAAUAGCAACCCACAACUCAUUUUUGCUUUUAAAAAAAAAUAAUCCAGGGAAAACCACCUUUCUCCAAUUUCAGUUGAAAAUAAUUUCUUUAACAAUUUAUGGAGAUGGACAAGUUCCAACAAUGGUGCAAGCUGAGUCCAGAUCAUUUUAUUUUUAAGUUACCGCCAACUGCUAGAAAUCCCCCCCCCCCCAGAAACGUUGCCGGGUCUGUUUUAAAAAUGGGAAAAGGACAGACACCCCUUUUCACUGUCCUGAUUGCCCUUCGAAACCAGGACUGUGUGUAGGAACAUGUUUCAAGCUGUACCACACAGAACAGUUGUAAGAAGUGUUCCUGAAUUUUUAUUUUAUUUUUUGUUUCUUUGGAAAGCAGACAUUUUUUGUUAGUCAGUUUCCUUCCCCCAAAUCUCCAGUUAGAUUCUAUUUGCAGGAGUCAGUUUAAAGAUUGCUGCUAAAUGUACAUUUGCUACCUGCACAUUUAGUCUAACAAGUUUUCUGGCAGUAACACAUAACCAGCUGGCCAAAACCAGAUGACGUGUGCAUAAAAAACAGAAUAAAAAAAUUACCACUACACUUUCUCUGUUUUGUGGGGGGGCAAAAUGGUUGGGGGAAAGAAGUCAAAACACCUCAUCUUCUAUAACCUUUGAUGUCUACUUUAUAAAAAUAUAUACUAUAAAUACUGUCAUGAUGGUAACAUGGGGGUGGGUGCAAAAUAUGUCAAACUGAAGAUAGACCAAGCAUACCUAUAUAUCAAGUUGAAAAACUGACAUGUACAAGUUCUGAUUGUUGCCUUUGGCCCCCAAACAACCCAGUAACCCUAUAUAUGGGGGGAUCACUGUACUCGGGAGAUGUUGCUGAACAUAUUGGGGUGUUGUUUGGCAGUGACACAUAACAGGAUCUGUUAAUUCAUGCCUAAAGUACAAUGUGUGUGACAAAGAAACAAAAACAUUGGCUCAAAUGGGACAUGGGCGCAGGUUGAUUACAUGUCAAAAUUCCAAGUUGGGAAACUGAUAAGCGCACCUGCCAAACGUGGCCUUUUAGCCCCCAAAGAAUCUGACAGGCCUAUGCAUGGGUGGUAUCACUGUACUUGGGAGAUCUUGCUGAACACAUAUUGGGGUGUUGUUUGGCAGUGACAAAUAACAGGAUUUGUUAAUUCAUGCUUAAAGUACAAUGUGUGUGAAAAAAACAGAAAAAAAUGUACUAACUCAAUGUUUGACAAAGCCUGGUGGUACAAUUAGUGCAUGGAAAGUGUUAAAAUACCACCAUGUGAAAUACCCUAGGGUGUCUACGUUUCAAAAAUUUAUGGUUUGAUGGGGGUAAAAUACAUUGGCCUGCUUCAAAAAUGUCCCAAAUAGGACAUGCAUGCAGGUUGACUACAUGUCAAAAUUCCAAGCUGGGAAACUGAUAUGCGCACCUGCAAAAUGUGAUUGGCUUUAUUUGCACCCAGAUUGUGAUGCCAAAUGUUAUUGACAUGUGACUUUUCUGUUAUAAGAGCAUAGCCACAUACACUUGCAUUAUUAUAAUCUGUUCAACCACGUGGACCAGCAAUAUAUAGUUUUGCGUAGAAGAAUGAAAUAAUAAGAGUAGACACAUUAUAAUUUGCAGUUAACAUCUAUGAUUAAGAUCAACUUAAACAUUUUUUCAUUAGUGACCAUAAUUUAUUUUUUUUCUUUUAGGCUGCACCGGACAUGUUUUCAGGUCUUCUGCCGUUAGUGAAUGGUUUUAUUAAUCGUUCUAAUUCCUCAUUGUUCCAGAACAGAAGUGUCAGAGAAAUACUGUGGGGCUACAGAGAUCCAUUUUUGGAACUAAUACCAAAUGCUCUUUUAGCAGAUAAAACAACAGGAUUAUUUUACCCAGUAUGUACUAUUUUUAUGUAUUAUAACCAUGGAUACAAUUCAUAAUGCUGAUUUUCAAUAAUAUAAUAUUACAAACAAUCCAGCAAACAAACAUAUGAAUACAUUUUGUUAGUAUGGAAAAAUUGUACUAGGCAAAUCUGAUUGAUACUGAUGCAAUAUGUCAACUUCAAAAAGCCAUGCAUCAUAAUUGCUAGACUAUAAUGGAACUGCAUUAAAAGCCUGUUCCAUCAUUAUAUCAAUAUUUAUAGAGAUGAGUGUCAUUACAUCCCUAAGAAAAACAACAGUAACUGCUGCAAUCAUUAUGUGAGCUAUAGCAAUCUAUUGCCUCCAGUAGAAGUACUUAGGUUUAAGGUUAUGGAUAGAGAUGUCGCGAACCGUUCGCAGCGAACUCCGGUCAGUUGACACAUCCCGGCCAAUCUCCAGCAGACCCUACCUCCCAGACCCUCCUACUUCCUGGACAGCAUCCAUGUUGAAGGCAGCUUCAACAUGGAUGCUGUCCAGGAGGUGGGAGGGUCUGGGAGGGGGGGUCUGCUGGAGAUUGGCCGGGAUGUGUCAGCUGACCGGAGUUCGCUGCGAACGGUUCGCGGCGACCCGUGGCGAACCGUUCGCGAGAAGUUCGCGGACGGUUCGCGACAUCUCUAGUUAUGGACGCUUAAACAUAGAGAAAGGUCUGAGUUGGGGAGUCUCUACGUUGGGGGUGCUUAGCCUUAAUGAAGACAUCCUGGGUAUCUUACCCAACCCUAAAUCCCUUUUGCCUUAAACACCUGAUAACCCUAAGCUCCUCUAACCGUUUUGUUAAAGACCCCAUAUUAUGCAAACCUCCCUCCUAAACCCAACCACAACCUCAACCCUUAAGCUUAACCAAGUGGAAUCAUUAUAAAUAGAACGAUUACUGAUGUCACUGCACUGUGGAUGGUAAUUUAUGUAGCAUAUUACAUUACAGAGAAACUGAGUAAGAAAAGGAGCAAGCAUGCAUAUAAUAGAAUUGGAGGUAAAAUGGCUUUGUACAUAUUAGAGGCCAGUUUUGCUAAUAUUCUAAAUAGUAUGGAAAUGUAUUAUACAAAGGUAGAAAGGCUCAGUCUUCUGUGUAACCCUGCCAUUGGGGGCUGAGUGUAGCUAUUUACAUAUUGAUAUUGAAAAGCAAUUUGGACUAUUUUGUGACUCUCUGCAGUACAAGGUUACAUAGGGCCCUUGUAUUAUUAUUAUUAUUACUACUACUAUUAUUAUUACUAUUGGUAUUUAUAUAGCACCAGCUUAUUCCGCAGAGCUUUACAAUAAAAGGGCAGCAACAGCAUUCACCACAGAUUGUACGGGGGCAGUAUGGCUUCUGGGGAGACCAAUUAGGAGAGAAUAACAGUAAUCGAUGUGAGAGAUUACUAGAGCAUGAACAAGCUCCUUGGCAGCAUCUUGCAUAAGAAAGGGGUGUAUGCAGGCAAUGUUUUUAAGUUGGAAUCAACAGGUUUUAGCAACAGACUAGACAUGAGGUGCAAAGGUAGAAGAAAGGCAAUUGGUGACACGUUGUAGGACAGCAGGGAGAGGUCAGGGGAGGAGAUAUAUAUCUGGGUGUCGUCAGCGUACAGGUGGUAGUGGAAUCCAAAUUAAUUAAUGAGUUUUCCAAGAGAGGCAGUGUAGAGAGAGAACAAAAGGGAACCAAGAACUGAACCUUGAGGGACUCCGACUGAGACAGAACGAGGAGAGGAGGUGUUGUUGGAAAAAGAGACACUAAAGGAGUGUUGGGAGAGAUAGGAGGAGAACCAUGAGAGGGCUGUGUCACAGAGACCAAGAGAUUGAAGAGUUAGGAGAAGGAGGCUAUGAUCAACAGUGUCAAAGGCAGCAGAGAGGUCAAGAAGAAUUAGUAUGGAGAAGAGGCCUUUGGAUUUGGCUAUGAGUAGAUCAUUUGUAACUUUAAUAAGAGCUGUCUCAGUAGAAUGGAGGGAGCGAAAGCCAGAAUUAAGAGGAUUGAGAAGGGAAGUGGAAUUUAGGAAGUGAGUCAUACAAGUAAAGACAAGUCUUUCUAGAAGCUUUGAGGAAAAAGGAAGCAGGGAUAUAGGACGAUAGUUAGGAUGGGUAUGACAGUAGCAUGCUUAAGGGGAGCAGGGACAACACCAGAUGAAAGAACAGUUUAGGAUGUGGGUUAAGGAUGGUACAAGACAAAGGGUAAGAGCUCUGAUUAGGUGGGAAGAUCAAGUGGACAGGUGGUGGGACGAGAGGAAAGGAGAGGAGAGGAGAAGCACAGCCACCUCCUGUGCAGUAGCUGGAGGUAAGUUUUGGAGGGUAGCGAUGGUAUGGUCCAAGUGAGGUUGAGAUAGAGAGGAGAGAAGGGGGAAGAAUUCAUUCCUUAACUGUUUAAUCUUGUCAGUAAAGUAACAUGCAAAGCUAUCAGCUGAAAGAUUAGUUUGUGGGGUGGCCACAGCAGGGCGAAGAAGAGAGUUAAAAGUAUUAAAGAGAUGCCAAGGAUUGUGGGAGCAUGCACUAAUGAGAAAAGAAAAGUAGGACUGUUUAACCAGAAUGAGGGAUUCACUGUAUGAGGCACCUGUGAUAGGGAGGGGUGCAAAACCAAGGAGUUGGCCAAAAGGAUAUAUAGAGUCACAGCCACUAGUGCUCCAAUUACAACUGGAACUACUACUGCCUUUACUUUCCACAUCCUUUCUAGUUCUUCUUUGAGUCCUUGCUAUUUGUUCUUCUCAUAUUCCUUCUUCCUGGUGGUAUAGUGCUACUACACCGGAAAACCCAAAAAGAGAGGAUAUAUAAUGAGAAAGGAUUGCGAAAAUUAAAGGCAACAGUAGUCCCAGUUGUGGACUCCUAUCAUAAUAUACACUGAACAGAUCUAAAACUUUUUCUAUGUACACAGGUGUGCCUUAGGCUGGCCACAAUAAAAAUGUGCAGUUUUAUCAUACAGCACAAUGCCAGAGAUGUCGCAAGUCUUGAGGCAGCAUGCAAUUGGCAUGCUGACUGCAGAAAUGACCACCAGAGCUGUUGCCCGUGAAUUGAAUGUUCAUUUCUCUACCAUAAGCAGUCUCCAAAGGCGUUUCAGAGAAUUUGGCAGUACAUCCAACCAGCCUCACAACCACGUGUAACCACACAAGAUCAGGACCUCCACAUCCAGCAUCUUCACCUCCAAGAUCGUCUGAGAACAGCCAUCCGGACAGCUGCUGCAACAAUCGGUUUGCAUAACCAAAGAAUUUCUGCACAAACUGUCGGAAACCAUCUCAGGGAAGCUCAUCUGCAUGCUCGUUGUCCUCAUUGGGCUCACAUUCGAUGGCGUCUGGCACUUUGGAGAGGUGUUCUCUUCAUGUAUGAAUCACAGUUUUAACUGUACAGGGCAGAUGGCAGACAGCAUGUAUGGCAUCGUGUGGGUGAGCGGUUUGCUUAUAUCAAUGUUGUGGAUCGAGUGGCCCACGGUGGGAUUAUGGUAUUGGUACGAAACCAACACAGGUGCAUUUUAUUGAUGGCAUUUUGAAUGCACAGCGGUACCAGGAUUAGAUCCUGAGGCCCAUUAUUAUGCCAUUCAUCCACAACCAUCACCUCAUGUUGCAGCAUGAUAAUGCACGGCCCCAUGUUGCAAGGAUCUGUACACAAUUCCUGGAAGCUGAAACCAUCCCAGCUCUUGUAUGGCCAGCAUACUCACCGGACAUGUCACUCAUUGAGCAUGUUUGAGAUGCUCUGGAUUGGCAUAUAUGACAGCGUGUUCCAGGUCCUGCCAAUAUCCAGCAACUUCGCACAGCCAUUGAAGAGGAGUGGACCAACAUUCCACAGGCCACAAUCAACAACCUGAUUAACUCUAUGAAAAGGAGAUGUGUUGCACUGCGUGAGGCAAAUGGUGGUCACACCAGAUACUGACUGGUCCUCCCCGGACCCCCCCAAUACAGUAAAACUGUGCAUUUUAGAGUGGCCUUUUAUUGUGGCCAGCCUAAGGCACACCUGUGCAAUAAUCAUGCUGUCUAGGCAGCAUCUUGAAAAGUCACACCUGUGAGGUGGAUGGAUUAUCUCGGCAAAGGAGAAGUGCUCACUACAGAUUUAGUGUUGAGUUCAGCUCAUGAAAAAUGGGGGCAAAAACAAAAGUGUUGCGUUUAUAAUUUUGUCCAGUGUAUAUAUUUAUAUGUAUAUGUGUGGUGUAUGUGUAUAUAUAUUAUAGCAGGCUUGCCGGGUCUUGGGUCAUAAACAACAGAAACAGUUCUUUCUUCCAAUAUGAAGAAAGCUUUAUUUAGCAAUCAGGCCCCAAUUGAGCCACACCAAAACAUGAAAACAAAAAUAAACACCUACUCCACAUUGGAGACUAACUAACAUAGAGUACACUUUCUAUGCUACUGGGCAGCUAAGCUGACCCCAGUAAUUUAACAAAUAAAAAUAAAGGCUUGUAAAAUACCUUUUUGUUCCCACACAGUUCCAGCAGUCUUUUUGACUCACAGUCUCUCUGUCUACGCUCCAGUUCUUCACAAGAGAGACUGAUUUCCCUCUGCAUAGGGUUUAUGUAGCUCCCUAAUUGAUAUACUAGAGCAACCUGAUUUGAACCCCCUGUAGUCAAGGAACACUGAAAGUGCCAUUCUGGUGCUAAUAUAGCAGCGUUCCCUCACACUGCCACAUAAUAUAUAUAUAUAUAUAUAUAUAUAUAUUAUCCUCUUUCAUUGGGUCUUCUGGUGUAGUAAUACUAUAGCAUCAGGAAGAAGGAACAUGAGAAGAUGGACAAAUAGCAAGGACUCAAAAAAGAGCUAGAAAGAAUGUGGAAAGUAAAGGCAGUAGUAGUCCCAGUUGUGAUAGGAGCACUCAGGGCUGCGACUCCAAAGUGGGGGGAGUGGCUUCAACAGUUUCCAGGUGGAACAUCUGAGAUUACUGUGCAGAAAAGUGCUGUGCAAGGAACAACUAAGAUAUUGCGCAAAACCCUCAUACUCCCAGGCCUGUGGUAGAGGACUCAAGAAUGAGGAAUAAGUAUAUACCACCCAUUUAUAUAUAAAUAUUUAUACUGUACAUCAGCCCCAAUCAAAGGCGGCCCAUCCAUAGGAUGGACUGGUGCAAUGGCCUCCCCAGGCUGCCUCUGCUGCAUAUAUAUGCAGAAGAGGAAGCUCUCUAAACCUUGGGGCAGACUAAUCAGUUGGGUCCUCGGUCAGUGUUCAAGGACCCAACACACGGAGGGGGCCCCUCCAUCAGUCUGCCGGGGGAGAGCCUCCAGUCUGCAGCUCUGCCGAGUGCAGAACUGCAGACCAUGUGAUAGAGGGCUCACAAGCUCCUGCGGGUUAUCAUGGCCAACCGCUACUGUCUCCCUCAAGUCCUGCUCCACAACUGUCACCCUCACAUCCUGCCCACAUACUGUCAUUCUCACAUCCUACCCCAACACAGUAAUGUAGGAGACUAAUUUUAAAAGAACAAAAACUACCACAAGAGGACAUAAUCUUAAAUUAGAGGGGAAAAGGUUUAAAAAUAUCAGGAAUUACUUUACUGAGAGGAUAGCGGAUGCAUGGAAUAUCCUUCCAGCUGUAGUGUUAGAGGUUAACACAGUGAGGGAGUUUAAGCAUGCGUGGGAUAGGCAUAUCCUAGCUAUAAUAUAAGGCCAGAGACUAAUGAAAGUAUUUAGAAAAUUGGGCAGACUAGACAGGCCGAAUGGUUCUUAUCUGCCAUCACAUUCUAUUUUUUUAUGUUUCUAUACUGUCAUCCUCACAUCCUACCCCCAUACUGUCAACCUCACAUCCUGCUACCCCCACUGUCACCUUUACAUCCUGCCACUCCACCACUGUCACCCUCACAUUCUGCUACCCACCACUGUCACCCACAUCCUGCCCCCCACACUGUCACCCUUACAACCUGCCCCCUACACUGUCACCCUCACAUCCUGCCCCCAUACGGUCACCCUAACAUCAUGCUCCCCACCACUGUCACCCCCACACUGUCAUUGUCACCCUCACAUCCUGCCUCUCACCACUGUCACACUCACAUUCUGCCUUUCACCAUCGUCACUCUCACACCCUGCCCCACACACUGUCACUACCACACCCAGUCUCCACAGCCUUCCUACACACUGUCCCCCAACACUGUCUUCUUCCUACACACUGCCUCACUAUACUGUCACUUUUCUACACACUGUCCCGCCAUUCCAGCCUUCCACAGGACCACCAGGGAAUAAAGCACUGCAAAAGAAAAAAGGUAUUUAAUGGUGGGAAGGCUGAUCACAGCCUUCCUACACCUCACAGCCAGUCAUCCCCUUCACUAUGCUCCCCACACUGUCACCUUCACAUCCUGCCCCUCACCCUGUCAUCUACAUACCCUGCCCCCGUCACCAUUACACGUUCAACCUGCAUAUCCUGCCCCGCUCACCCCACUGUCACCCUGACACUGUCACCGUCACACCCUGCCCCCCACUGUCACUCUGUCACUGUCACCCUCUCACCCCCACUGGCUCACUGUCACCCCUCACACUGUCACCCUCACACCCUGCCCCCCACUGUCAGCCUGACUCUGUCACUGUCCCCCUCACACCCUGCCUCCACUGUCACCCUCACACCAUGCCCCCCACUGUCACCCUCACACUGUCACUGUCACCCUCACAUCCUGCCACCCACCACUGUCACCCUCACAUUCUGCCCCCAUACUGUCAACCUCACAUCCUGCUAACCACCACUGUCGCCCUUACAUACUGCCCCCUACACUGUCACCCUUACAUCCCGCCCCCUACACUGUCACCCUCACAUCCGGCCCUCAUACUGUCAUCCUCACAUCAUGCUCCCCACCCCCAAACUGCCAUUGUCACCCUUACAUCCUGCCUCCCACCACUGUCACACUCACAUCCUGCCUUCCACCAUUGUAACUCUCACACCAUUGUCACUCUCACUACACACACACACUGCCCCCAGUAUACACACACAGACAAUACAUUCAAUACACACACUGCAUACAAUACACGCUAUAUCCAUGACAAUAUUACAGACGCAGCAUCCACAACACACAGAUGCAGCAUCCACGACGCACAGAUGCAGAAUCUACUAAACAAGCACACGCUGCUUCCAGUAUACACACAGACAUUAUAUUUAAUACACACACUGCAUACAACACACACUACAUCCAUGACACAAUAACAGAUGCAGCAUCCACGACACACAGACGCAGCAUCCACGACACACACCCUGCAUCCAAUGAACACACACACACUGCAUUCACUACACACUGAAUAUGAUAUACACACACUGCAUCCACUACACAGACAUUGCAUUCACUACACACACUGCAUGACAUAAUGGAUGUCGGCGUGCUUUUGGUGCAAGGUGGGGGAGGGCAGCAUUUCAUUCUUGGACCCAGGCAGCACAAUGUCUUGGGCCGGCCCUGGCUGCAAUACAUACAAUAAAAUGCCACGUCAAAGCAAGCUGAAGCUGAAAGCAGCAAGGUGAAUUGUUCGUGUACAACUCACCUAAGAUGUUUUGCCUUGACGUGGCAGGUGAGCUUACACUUAACCCCCUAAGGACACAUGACAAGUGUGACAUGUCAUGAUUCCCUUUUAUUCCAGAAGUUUGGUCCUUAAGGGGUUAAAUGGCCAUUGAAGUGAUACUAAAAACCUCCAGUUAUUUGAAUGUGCAUUAGGAUUUGGGAUAUUGCGCAAGUAACUAUAUUCUUUGGUUUCUUUAAUCUCUACAUCUGUUAGUGUUUCACUAUAUUAUUACCAAUACAUUACACAACAGGAAUAAACAGGAAUUUAGAUUAUUUUUACAUUUAAUGAUAUUUGCUGAAAUUUAUUUUCCUCUAUCUUACAGUACAAUGGAACCGCAGACGGUAGCUAUAAUGUGUAUAAUGGCAAAGAUGGUAUCAGCAAGGUUGCAUUAAUUAACAGAUACAAGGGAGAAAGGUAACUGUUAAAAUACAGUAAAAUAUACUGUGUUUUGUUCUCAAGUUAUUUUACAUUACACUACAUGUUUAUCGUGCAUGUGUUAUUUUAAAUAUCCACUAACAAUUUGGUACUUCGGAAACAAUAUUGACCAAGAUUUCAUACUAACAUAACCUGACAAUAUUUAUAACAACGUAUAAUGUUUAAAGUAUUAAUUUGCUUAGGUAUGUUCAGGAUGUCAUUUUAGUCUACUUUGACACAAAUGUUUCGGUUUAAUUAUUGUCCAAUCAAUACUUUCAGAAUUGGUAUGAUGUAAUGCUUUGUAUAUUUACAUAAAUGAUUUACUUUAGCAGUUCCCGUGAGAGAGACAUGUAAAUUUGCUCCUCCUACCAUACAUUGACCCUAUGAAAAGCAAUAAUUAAUCAUUAAUAUGUACUCUUACACUGAAUAGAGUAAACAUCACUUGAUUGUACCAGUACGAUUUUUCACUAAAUAAUUUAAUGAAUCAGAAUUUAACUUUAAUCAGCAGAAAAUAAAACAUUUAGCCUCAUUUAUUCAAACUCGAAAAAAUAUUCCUUUGGAACUUCUGAAGGACUGUCCAAGAUCAAGUUUUAUUUAAAACGGAAGCCCAGAGAGGCCGUUUAUUUGUAAUAUUUUUCUGACGUGGCAUCGUGUGUGUCCAACUCGCCUGGUUACAAAUACUUGUCUGUUAGUCCACCCAUUGUUUAAUGCUGCAGAAUGUGUUGACACUUUAUAAAUAUUAAUAAUAAUAAUAUUGUUUAUAACAAAAUAUCCAGAAAUCAUAACUGAAUGUUUGUUUGUUUUAUUACCUUGGAACAAUUACUUACAGCCAUUUUUCAAUUUUGUUAGAACACUCUCAUACUGGAAAGAUGACUAUUGUGAUAUGCUUAAUGGUUCAGGUAAGUUCUAGCUUAUGUGUCUGACAAUUCAAAAAUAGGAUUACACAUAUCAUGACAUAUUCAUAUAUGAGUCAAUUUGAUUAUCAUUGUGAAGGCAUAUCUAGUUUUUACACCACAUAAAUCACAGGGAUAGAAUAUCAAAUAUUUUCCGUAAUUCAUAUGAUAACUGUGAAGUUAUGUUCAGCAACUGCCCUCAAGGUGAGUGGUCAACUACGAGAAGAAGAUAAGCAAUUUCCUUUCCCACGGUCCCCGUUCUACAUGUUUAUAAAGGAAGUAAAUAAACAGCAAGUCGAGAUAAGCUGUAUUUUGGAUGUCCAGUUUGCUACUCAUUCGUUUUACGGAAACAGCAAUCAGCUGCUCGUUAUUUUAGAAUGCUUAUUUUGAUCUUCUUUUCUUUUUUUUCCUUUUAUAUUUAUUGGUACAGAUGCCGCUUCAUUCCCACCAUCGGUUGAUAAAAACAAAUUGUUAUACUUCUUUUCUUCAGAGAUCUGCAGGUAACUUUUUUAUUUCUAUUCACUACCUAACAUAUGGGCUGUUGGAAACAUUUUUGUAAUAACAGACUCCAUAUCCUUUAUUUGCUUUUUCAUUUUAGUUCUUGGAUUUCAUUUGUCAUUGACAAAACCAAAAAACCUUUCCAAAUUAACAUAAGUGUCAGACCAAAUAAUUAUCAGGUCAUCUAUAAACUUUUUUUAUAAAAACAGAUACUACGUCUGAAUGGAUUUAAACAUCCAAAGCCCUGGACUUCACCCACCAUCCCAUAUAUAAGUUGGCAUAGGAUGGUGCACCCAUCAAAGUCCCACAUCUUUGAAUGUUAUUAACUUCAUCAAAAAUUAAAAAGAGUGUUUUACAAAGGGUACUGUACUAUAAACACAUUGAAAUUCUUAAGAUCAGUAGAAUAUAGACAUAUAUUAGUGUAUAAGUCAAGAUGACGGCUAAUGGCCGAAAGAUCGUUAUAAUGGCUUAUUGAGGAAUAUAAAUAGACAAUAUACAGGCUCAAUAACAUAUUAGUGGGAUGACAUUUAACCUCAUAUACAUAAAAAUCGAUAUUUAAAGAUAGCUUCACUAUAGGAUCCUCAGCCAACAGGUGGUAUCAUUUUUUUCUAGACGCUCAGUAAAUGGGGAACAAAAUAAUUAAUGGGUCAUAUGGUUCCAACUUAUGAGCUAAGUCUUUAUCUAUAACAUCCUUCUUUAUUGAAACAUACAUUUCUGGAAUAAAGGAAAUAUUAAAAAUAUGUAUACUUAUUUGAUUUGCUGUUUUAUUAUAUAUUUGGCUUAUUUACACACCCCAUAUUAUAAAUAAAUGUUAUGUUAUUUUUUUUAUUAUCAAAAAGUGCUUGGUAGGGAUGGGUUUAAUGAACACAAACAAAGUCUGAUGUAUAUGUCAGGUGUCUAUAGGCACAAAAUUCAACCCCUCCCCACCCCCCCAAAUAUAAUUAAAGGCAGAUAAAAAUAGUUAAAUGAAUUCAUUACAUUUUGAGUGAUGAAAGUUUAAGGAGUUUAGACAUCACUCAAUGCUGACCAUGCUAUAACUGCAAGGCAUUUCCUGUCUAGAAAAACACAGACAAUGGAGGAUUUAGGACAGCACUGAAUUUUACACCCUUUAUAACUGUAACUGAAGCUCUACUAUCAAGUAUAGUAAGCUGACUGUGUUACAGAAGACACCGGCCAAGGCUUCUGGAGUUUGUCACUCACCAGCAGCCCACUUACCCUCCAAAAAUGCUCAUUAUAGGUGCUUAAAGAGGCGCCAUCUACAUGACAUGUUCCAGUAGGCAGGUGCUCACUCUGCCUUAUUGGAAAUCCAGCCCUAGUAACACAAGUAUGAUGAACAAUGCAUCAAGUUAGUCUUUACAGUUAAAAGACAGCCCAUUUUCUUUUGCAGAUCUAUAUUUGGGGUUUUUGAAAAGGAAUAUAUCUUAAAGGGAAUUAAACUCUAUCGGUUUGUAGUGCCAAGUUUAGCACUUGCAUCUCCAGUUCAAAACCCAGACAAUCAUUGUUAUUGCACAGAGAUAGAACUUUCAAGAAAUUGCACUGCAGCGGGUGUUUUAGAUCUAAGAAGUUGCCAGGAUGGUAAGUUAUCUAAGAAACAAAAAAUAAAAUCCACACAGCAGCAUGGAGUCAUUGAUUAAUGUGGUUUACAUCAAAUUAACUAUUUUUGUUAUCAAGCAGGCAUGCAUAAAACAGAUCUGUUACCCAAGUAUAAUUAUGCUGGGAGGAGUUUUUCGCAUUCAAAUAAAUAGAAGAUACAAUUUGAGGUAUUAAACUUAUGUAGACCAAUGGUGAAUUGGUGAGAAAUUGUUACAUAAUUUUUUUUUAAUUGUUAGUAUUUAUACAACAUUAACAUAAUCUGCAGUGCUGUACAAUUAAAGAAAGGGGUGAGGGAAGAACUGCUAGUCAUGAUUACAAGCCUGUAGAACAACACAUUUGUCUGCCAGGAGCCACUAGUCACUGAUAUCUAGUAAUGAUAACUAGCCUGUAGAACAACAAAUUUGUCUGCCAAGAGCCACUAGUCACUGAUAUAGUGAAUGUAAAUAUGCUGAAAAUGUACACUCACCUCCUGCUAUAGUACAGGAAGUUUGAAUGGGUUAUAUUAUUCUUACAGUCAGGGAGGGGAAUAAAAGAUGAAUAAAUAAGUGAGAAAUAAAUAUUGUAUAAACUUACAUCAUUUUUAUUUUUACAUUUGUUUGCAAAGUAAUCUAUAAACAAACUAUUCUGAUAUGCUUAUAUGCUAGCUAUGCAUCUAUUGAUUUAAAUAAAUGCUAUGUUAUAUUUUUUUUCAAUCAAAAACUCCUUGUAAGGGAAAGGGUUAAUCAUUAAUCUUUGAGUCACAUUACUAUAAGUCUUUAUUAAUUAUAUUGACCUAAUUACUAACAAGAGGUCAUAUUUUGGCAGGAAAACCAGUUUUUCUUUCAUUGCCUCAUUACCUAUAUGCUAGUGAUUUCCUCUUGGACUCUGUGGUUGGCCUGAAGCCCAAUAAAGAAGAACAUGAAACCUAUGUAGACGUAGAACCUGUAAGUUGAUUGAUAAAAACCAAAUGCACAGUUUAUGUGUAAAAUUAACAGUUACCAAAUCUAACACCUAUUAGUUGAUAUCAGUCCAAACCAGCACUAGAACUGACCUUGGGAUUAACCCAUACGCAUAUCUGUAUACACAGGGCCAGAAACCAAAUAGUGGGAAUGUAAUAUUAGAUAAUUCUGUAAAAAGAUACAAAAAAGUUAAAUAAUAAUAAUAUAUAUUUAGGUUUUCCUUGGUAUAUUCUUGGUAUAUUGAUACAUUAUGCCAGUAAGAGGCCAUUUUUAUUGUUAAUAAUAUAGUAUAAAAAUAAUACAACCACCACGAUGACUAAUGGCUAAUAUUAUGCAAGCCAACCUUAUAGUAAGAAAUAGAAAAAAGAAAAACUGCUAAAUCAAAAACCUACAAAACUGUUAAGUGUCCUAAUGUGAACAGUGCCAAGGUGAUAAAAGAAAAAAGGAAAACGCCUGACAUGCAUUUCAGUGCCUACCUUUUGUCAGGGCUUUUUUUUGUUAUUGUUUUUUUUAAGGGGGAGAAGGGGUAUGGUUCUCGCUUUUUGAUUUAGGAAUUUCCUUUUGUCUAUUGCCUACUAGUCAGGCAGGGAUGGUUUUCUAUCUAGGGGUCAGAGAUUUCAUUCUCUCAUUAUUAAGGUUGUUUAUUUCCUCUCUUUUCUACAAAUGCGUAGUUUAAUACUGACAAGUAUUUAGUAAUUCUCAUAUGGUCUACAAGUGUGGUGGCUAAUAUUCUUACAUUCGUACUUUAUCUUCAGAUUUAUAUCUAAUUUUUAGGUAGGGUGACUAUGUGAGAUUGGCUUAUUUUCUAAAUGGCAGAUUCUAUCUGGUACUAAUGUGGAUCCCAAAUUUGCAUUUUUCUGGUGACUGAGGUUGCUCCUUGUCUCUCUCUCCUUCGACUGAGCAGUUCAAUAGAGAUAACCAUUCACUACAUUAGAGAACAAUAAUUGAAGGUGGAAGUGUGACGACUAUUAUAUCACCUUUAUGUCACAUUUACUGUAAAUCUAUAUCUAUACUCUGUCUUGAUAUACAAUUGGUAGUGUAGCUCACGUAGCUUAAUAGGUGAUAUUAGAUUUUUACUGCAUUCUUACCUUCUAAACUUUACUCUGUGAGGGAGUAAUCUAAUUACAUAAUACUAGAGCCCAUAUAGGGGUGUGAUUGCCAUUAUAUCAACUUUUACAUCUGUUUUAACCCUAUACUAGUAUUGAGUAAGAAAAAAUUACAUGACUAGAGGGGCAGGAAAAUCCUGACAUCAGAGUCAAGAGUGGACUAAAUGGGUAGUAUAGGUUUUAAGCCAGAAAAGAUAAAAUUGAAAAAAAAGAAUAACAAAUUUUUCUUUGAAAAAAAGGGGGUUAUAGAUAUUAUAUGUGGGUUACAGGGUUAUUCACUAAAGUGAGAAUUCAAAGUGAGAAUUUUUCAAUGCUUUCCUAUGGGGAGGUCUAAUGCCCGUGCUUGCACAUUAGGUCUCACCCCACUAUAAUUGGUAAGAAACUAAAUAUUUAAAUAUAAACUUUAUUAGUAUUUAAAGGGCAUAUCUACAUAAUAGUGAAAUAGAAAAAAAAGACAAAGUGAAAAACACAAAAGUGACUUGUGAAAGUGUAAUAUUAAAAAGGAGAAACCUACGGGGUCUGCCUACCUGGCUUGUAUAUAUCAAUCACAGCAAGUGUGAGAAAAUAUACUAAUUCUUGAUCAACUCAAGUAGAUAUUAUCAAGAAAGACAGCCGUUUAGUAAUAAAAUGUUAUUCCAAGUAGAAGGCUAAAAUGUAGCCAAUUAAAUAGCAGCAGUCUAUGGGGAUCAGAAGAAUAAAGCUUAGCAUUAAGAUUCAAAAUUAGAUAUAUAUUGAAAAUUAGACAUAUUAGAAAUAUUAGAGAUAUUCAAAAAGGUGAAUAAAAGGAAUGGGUAGAUACAAUGAUAGAGAUAAUCAAAGUAAACUGGUAUAUUAGUAGAGUCUGAUUAUAAGGAAGAGGAGGGUAGGUGUAUAGAGUGAUAAUUCGCCACCCUCACCUUAAUAAUUAGACCAAACUCCACUUAAAAGAGGGUGAAUAUGGGAUUUAAAGGGGAAAACAGGAGGGUAGGAGUUCAUAGCAAAAGUACCUACCCCUUUCCCCAUUACAAACCACCACCCUGGUUAUAGUUGCAAAGAAAAAGGUACCCCCCCCCUCCAAAAAAAAAAAACAGCAGUCAUCCAGAAGAGCUGGAUCAAAAUACUCGGCAGCAAUGCAGAGUAGGCACAUGCCUGUCCAAAACAGCAGGCGCCUACUCUGCUUUCGUAUCGGGAGGACCUGGAGGCAGGUGGAGAGAUCUGGGAAGCAGCUCCCCUGUCCUCCCGCAAGCAGGCUGUGUGGAGCAUUGCCGCGCAUUCCCAUGGAAACACUCCACACAGCAUUGCACAGGAGGACAGGAGAUCUGCAGCCAAACACAUACCACCACUGGACCACCAGGGCUGGCUGUGUCCCACCCUCCUUCACCAAACGUAAGAAGAAGGGAAGGGAGGGGAGGGAUAAAGAUUUUAUAUAUAUAUAUAUAUAUAUAUUUUAUGUAUCUUUACCAUCACCUCCCCCACACACAGCACCUCUACCCCCACACACAGCAUCCCUACCCCCUACACACACACAGCACCCCCACACACACAUCACCACCUCACACACAUACACACACACAGCACCCCCCACUAACACACAGCACCCCCCCACACACAGAGCACCCCACCCCCCACACAGCACUCCACACACACAUCACUCCACACACACAGCACCCCACACACAGCACCCCCCCCACACACACACAAUCCCCCACACACACCGCAUCCCACACACAGCAUCCCACACGCAGCACCCCACACACAGCACCACCCCCCCUCACACACAUAGCACUCCACACACAGAUACACUGCACCCCUCAAUGCAGUAUGUGUGUGUGUAUUCAGCAGUCUGUAUGUAUUCAGCAGUCUGUGGGUGUGUGUAUUCAGCAGACUGUGUGUGUGUGUGUGUAUGUAUUCAGCAGUCUGUCUGUACUCAGCAGUCUGUGUGUGUAUUCAGCAGUCUGAAAAAUUUGUAUAAUUGAACUCUCUGUUGUUGUGUUCUUUUUUUUUAAACAAAAUAUGUUAAUUAGUUCGGACAACUGUACGAGUUGUUUUUUCUGAACUUAAACCUCAGUAUUCAGGUUUUAAUUGCUGUGUUGGCACUUUGAGGGAAAAAAAGUUGGCAUGUAUUGCGGUUUGGGUACUCUGGCUCAAAAAGGUUCGCCAUCACUGCCCUAGGUUUCACCUUUUUAAUAUUACACUUUCACAAGUCACUUUUGUGUUUUUCACUUUGUCUUUUUUUUUCUUUUUCACCAUUAUGUAGAUAUGCCCUUUAAAUACUAAUAAAGUUUAUAUUUAUAUUUUUUGUUUCUUACCAAUUAUAGUGGGUUAUACAGGUUAUAUGUGGGUAAUCUAAUCUUUUUUUGUGAAUAGUUACCCAUAGUCUUUUGACUUGGGACUCCCUUUUUUCAAAGAAAGAUUUGUUAUUCUUUUUUCAUUUUGGUAUUGAGUAAGUUUCACUGCCUAUGCAGCAAGAUAAUUAAUUAUCCAAACAACAGUUUGCUCUUCUUAAUGUUAAGGGCCUUUUUAUCAUUUCUUUAGGAGGAAAUUCCAUUUCCCCUGUUUCUUUGUUUGUAUGUAUUUUUCCCUCCCUUAUAAUAGAUAUUGUUUUUAUUAAUGAAUAAGUAUAUCUUGUUUUUCAUGUUUUCUGAUAAACUAAGAGGGCUUUAGUAUACAGUAUAAGGCUUUUUUUUUUAAUGAGAUUGACUCACAUAGUAUCAUCCAUUAAUCUCUGUGUUGGUUGUAUAAUUUAUUUUGGGCAGACUAGAUGGGCCGAAUGGUUCUUAUCUGCCGUCACAUUCUAUGUUUCUAUACUAUAUCAUUAACAAUAUAGAUGGUUUCUUGUUUGCAUAAUGUAUCAAUAAAGUCAGAACAGAGAGACUAUAUUGUUUUACUUUUAUUUACAUGUAUAGGUGAUCCACCCCAAAGGGAAUAGUUUGUUACCAAGGAAAAUGUAAAUAGUUUUUGUUGGUUUGUUUUUUUACUGAGGUAUCUAAAGUCGGUCUCACUAGGUUCACUGGUCUUCUGGCCCGGUGUAUACAGAGUCAGAAUUCUAAGACAAACCAUUUAUAUAUGUCUAUUAUUCAAAACUAUUAUGUAUUGUUCAUAAAAUGCUUGUAUCUAUCUAUCUAUCUGUAUCUAUCUAUCUAUCUAACUAUAUUUAUAUAUAUAUAUAUAUAUAUAUAUAUAUAUAUAUAUAUAUAUAUAUAAAUAAGAGCACUCAUUGGAUUUGGCAAAUAAAUUCAAAUAAUUGUAUUUAAGGUCGCAUAAAUUCAAUCAACGUUUCGACCAACAAACUUUCAUUAUCAAGAUAUAGACCAUUUGUCAGUCGAAGUGUUGAUCGAAUUUAUGUGACCUUAAAGGGACACUCCAGUGCCAGGAAAACAAACCGUUUUCCUGGCACUGCAGGUCCCCUCUCCCUCCCACCCCCCAUCCCAGGUUGCUGAAGGGGUUUAAACGCCUUCAGCGACUUACCGGAGUCCAGCGCCGAUGUCCCUCGGCGCUGGUCCAGGGUCCGCCCAUGCUCCUUUUGUGACCAAGACCGAUUGUGCGUGCGCGGCCGCCAGUGGGGUGAGACCUAAUGUGCAAGCACGGCAAUGCCACGCACGCGCAUUAGACCUCCCCAUAGGAAAGCAUUGAAAAAUUCUGACUUUGAAUUCUCACUUUAGUGAAUAACCCUGUAAAUGUUUAAAUAUGAGAGUAGUAUGUUGUAAAACCCAGGUGGCUGAAUAUGUUGAUUCUGUGACUGGUAAUCCUGGUAGCCUAUUUCACUUGGUAGCCUAUUUCACUUUUUCCUUUUAGUACAACAUCAUUCACCGUAACAUGUCUUACAGAAAUACCAUAUGCUCAAGUAUUAUAAUUUGGAGAAAAUAUGAAUUGUUGUUUUUGUUGUUGUUUUAUUUUUACUACAGAUAAGUGGAUUUACAAUGCAUUUUGCAAAACGAUUGCAAGUUAACAUCAUGUUCACACCACACAAAGAAAUAGAGUAAGUACUGGUGCAUGCUAAUAAUAAUAAUAAUUAAGAAGAAAACAUUAAAAUUACUACAAACAUUUAGAGCGGUCUUAGCUAUUCCAUAUCAGUGUUAUAAGAAAGAAUUCUUGGAACUCUCGAACAUAUUUCUACCAAAACUGUAGGUUUCAAUCUCUUUACCAUAGAGUAUGUGAAUCUAUGUGGGAUGGUAAAAAAACAAUGUAAUGACUGCUAUAAUUGCUCCUUUCAACCUCACCGUGAAUGUGACCUAAUAUGUUGAUAAAACUCUAUUGACUUGAGUUACUGUCAAAGGUUUUACUCUUGAAGACCUCACAUCUUCUGAUUUCAUGCAAUCUAUGCAUUUUGACAGUGGGGAUCCACUGUCAAGUCCAAUGUUUGUGGCUACGUGUGUAAUGAGAUUAAAAUAUAUAUAUAUAUAUAUAUUGCGUAGUUUUAUUAUUUAAAAAUAUCUUUAUGUUAUAAACAUACUAUAUUAUAACCCUAUUCUAUAUGCCCCAUAGAGAGACCUUUUCUUACCAAGGAAGCUGACAAAAGGAACAAUUUUUUUAGAUGACUCUAACUCACACAGGUUCAUGUGCCUAUUUAUGGUGGUCUACUAAUUACAUCUCACUUUAGUCAAUGUGGAAUAAUAUCUUCAAAUGUAUUUCUAAUCUUAUCUAUAACAAGCUUUAAUUAAGAAUUCUCAAUUAGCAUUAUUGAUAAUUAAAGCAUGAAAGAGAGCAUUUAAAUUAGUGGAGUCAAAAGACAAGUAUAAUAAUAGAUAGAGCUGCUAUAUAAACAGACUCAACUUUUAGUUUAACCAACAAACAAUGCCAUAAUAGAUGUAAUCACUGCAAAUCUCUCAAAAUCUCUUUAAAUAACAUGCACAUAUAAAUGCUUUUGACAAAGUACUAUUAGUGCUGAAAAAAAAAGAAGCCACUUGUAUUUCACUCCAACAUAACAGCGAGAAAUGUCAUGUUAUGUUUCUCCGGUUAUAAAGAGGCUGUAGGAUCUGUAAAUCUUCAUUUUCUUUUAUUUAUUAUAUUUCUGCAUUAUAUAAAUAUAAAAAAAUCCUGCCAACUGGUUUCGAUAUUUAACAUGUCAUUUAACUCCAUUUAGUGAAUAACUAAUGGUGGUGUUAGUUCUGCGACUGCCUAAGGAGUAGUGUUUACUGUAUGAGAAUACAGUCUACUUUCUUUCUGGACACUGCUUGAAUAUACCACUUUUAAGACACCAUUUGGUAAAUAAGCAACAAUGAUAGUAUUUUUGGCAAUUGUAACUAGGAUGUGCAAUAGAAGCAGUAAAGCAAAGAAAGGAAAUUAUAUACAGAGACAUGUUUAGUAAAGUAAAAUUAGUUUAUUUAAAUUAAAUGUUAGAUGCAAUACAAAAGUAUGAGCACUUUAUACAAAUGCUUAAUAGAUAAAUGAAAUGGAAAAAAAUUAUUUAGAAUUUUUUUAUAUUUUUUCUGUAAAAUGUAAUUUGUCAUAGUCUUCAUUCAUAUUACACUUAUGUUCUGUCAUGAUAAUUGUAUGACAUAAAGCAUAAAUAAAAAUUGACUAGCAUUCACCAUUUUAACUAAAAUAUGAAUUCUUGUUUCAGUGUUAUGUCAAAUCUCAGUUCAGAGUUCAUAUUCCCUGUGGUAUGGCUGAAUGAGGUGAGUAUAUACAUAAAAUAAAUAUAAUCAGCAGGGAUGUGUAUGUAUAUAUUUUGUAUUCUGGACGUGUUUAAGGUUUGCAACUUAGGUGUAAAUCCUGGUAGCUUAGGUGGGAAUACUAUGAUCAUUUGAUAGCAUAUAACCCGCCUAUUCUGAAACACAAAUGACCGUCAUAUAGACCGCCAAGGUCUUGCAAGGGCACCUGGAAAAGUUAUAUCUCUCAUUAAAGGGGCAUAUGAGAAACUGCAAUUUUUAUAGACGUUGUGUGAGGAGGAGGUCUUUAAUCCUUUAUUCACCAUGAAGGGGGGCAUGCACCACUAGUAGAAGGGAAAGGGACACUAUCGCAUUAAGAAAUACAGUACAUUUCUACUCUUGGAAGGAACACAUCUGCACCACUAGUAGUAGGGAAAGGGACACUAUCGCAUUAGGAAUACAGUUAAUGUCUACUCUUGGAAGGAACAGAUCAUGCAAGCUGCUAGGAAUUAUUUGAUACAGCCAGAAACAUACAUUUCACUUAGGUUGUUUCUAGACCUAUCUGUUUACACCAUUUUGAGAUGUAGGUGCUCUGUAUACUACUGCAUGAAAACAUGAUAUCAUUUUUUUUAUUAUUUUCUACCUAGGUGCAACUAACUGCUAACAUUUUUCUUUUCAUGUUCUAAUUCACUUAGGGACUUUGUUUAUAUUUUCCAGUCAAAGAAGUUAUUUACUGUCUCUUCUUUUAUUUGCUCUUUGUAACUUUAAUAAUAAUUUUAAAAAUGUAUCCAAACAUAAUAAAUUGAGGCCUUAAUUUCAACAUUUCUCCUAAACAAUGGGCAGAUGCUACUGCUUUCCUGAAGAAAACAUCCAAAAAGUUGUAUUUUAAUUGGCAUUUAACCCCAAGCACUUAUCCCAAUUGUGUAAAGCACGCUCGUCUCUAUGCUGGAGGAAGUGUCCUCAGGUGGGAACUGUAUGGAACUGUAUUCCUUAUAUGCUGGUCCUGCUUAGUGAUAUUUCCCUUUAGGGAGGAAGUUUUCAUUGCGAUAACAGAUUGACAAAUUUCAAUUGCACUUAUUCUGUAGAAAUGCUUUAUUUAACAUGUACUACCCAAAAUGUAAUUAAAAAAAAAAAAAAUGGGAACUGUUUUCUUUUCUUUUAAUAAUAGAUUUUUUUAUUGCUUAAAAUUUAAUUAUUCAUUAACCUUGGUGAUUUGGGGUCCUCAUUGAGUGGCAUAAAUGUUUUAAGGGCUUAUCUGCAUGAAUAUUUCAUAAUCGUCUAGAAUCUCUUUUUCACUAAUUGCUAUUUUACCCCUUUCUGUAGUAAUUCUUUUUUUUUUUUUUGCACUUUCAUUGUUUCAUAUAAUCUGUUAUUUCAUUACUUAAUUUUUACUAUAUUUUUUCUUUCUAGACUGCAAUGAUUUCUGAUGAGUCGGCAGAUGAAUUUAUAAAAAGUGUGACUUUCCCAAUAAAGUUGCUGGAGAUAAUGCAGAUAGUGUUGCUUUGUGUCGGAUUUGCUGUUUUUAUUCCAUGCACAAUAGCAAUUAUUGUCAUAUGUUGCAAAAAGCCAAAAGGUAAGUACUCUAAUGGUUUUAUAAUCAUUUACAUAUGUGUCUUAGUAACUGCACAAGCAUUGUUGUUAAAAUAUAGAUAAUCUUAAAUAAUCAAUAGUAUGUUUAACAUGCAUUAAAAAAUAAGAUAGCAUUUUUUCAUUGCUCCUUUUGAACAGAAGAAAAAUACAGAUUUAUAACACAAUCUGAUUGACAGUUUAACUAAUGCCAUUAGACUUGCUUUGUAAUUGUUUGGAAGAUAAUGACAAUUUAUAUCUUUACAGGAAAAGGAAGCCCCAAAAGUGAGGCAACGUUCUAAUGCAAAACAAUUCAAAACCACCAAAUACUUGAGCAUAGAAGUCAACAGAGCCAAAUAAAAUGUAAUAAUAUCCAGACAUGCUAACUAGAUCUAGUGAAUAGUGAUGUCCCGAACGGUUCGCCGCCGCGAACUCAUCAUUGAGUAAACUUCGACCCUGUACCUCACAGUCAGUAGACACAAUCCAGCCAAUCAGCAGCAGACCCUCCCUACCAGACCCUCCCACCUCCUGGACAGCUCACUAAAAAUGCAGCUUCAAAAUGGAUGCUGUCCAGGAGGUGGUAGGGUCUGGGAGGGAGGGUCUGCUGCUGAUUGGCUGGAAUGUGUCUGCUGACUGUGAGGUACAGGGUCAAAGUUACUCAAUGAUGAGUCCGUGGCGAACCGUUUGUGGCGAACCGUUCAUGAACCGUUCGGCGAACCGUUCGGGACAUCACUACUAGUGAACGUUGGAAGAAGAAUAUAAUCUGGAGUUAUUAAAAUUACCUUCAUUUAAUGUCUUUACUAAACAUUUGAACUAUUUCUGCAAUCUAUUUAUAUAUUUUUUAAUGUAAUCAUCAUGUAGUUUUGGGAAGAAACCCAGAAUGUACUGUAAAUGCAUUAAUUUAAUUGUAUGUUCCUUGACACACCAUACCAGAAAAUAACAUUUCACACACAUCACAUCAGCCACCUGUUGCACUCAGUGCUCAAAUAAUUCACCAGUUCCCUCUGUAAACGUUAUUGCUGAUAGCUAUGUAGUUCUAAUUUUGUUUAAUUGCAAACGUGUUUCUCUUUAAUUUAUCAUAAUUCAACUACAGCUGCAAAAUGUCUUGCUGUAAUAUGUACAUUUAAUUAUAAUUUCUGUAGAUUUUAUGCUCAGAUUUCUGUAGGUACCCUCAGUAAUGGGCUGCUAUUUUUAAAUGUAAUCUUUUGGAUCAACCAGAUAAAAAUCAAUUAUAUAUACUAUUCUAUAUAAAGAGUGUUUCCUGCUAGUAUACAACAUUCAACUGGGAUCUAAGUAGUUUACCCUCCCCUCCCCCAGCAGCAUCAGAAAGAAUGAGUGAAUCUGCUAAGACAAGAAAAAAUUGGAGAAAUGCGCAACUGGUAUUUAAAGUGCAUAUCCAGGUGCUACCACGUUUAUUUGGAGGACAAUAUACAGGUUGCAAACGUUGCAGGCGAUAGUCCUUUAUCAAUGCUAAUGCUAUCGCCCGAAAUGUUUGCAACCUGUAUAUUGUCCUUCAAAUAAAUGUGGUAGCACCUGGGUAUGCACUUUAAAUACCAGUUGCGCAUUGCUCCAAUGUUUUCUUGUCUUGGCUAUUGUACACUAGAGGAACUACAGUGGGAGUUAUUGAUGCACAGUUUAACCGCUGACAUUUAUUCUUUGAAUCAGCGAAGGCAGAUAUUCUGCCUCUAUUUGAUUUAUACAGUGAGUGAAUCUGCUAUGUGGAACUAGCCUGUGUGCAGCUUUAGCUGAGCUAAGGUCCAUGGCCUAGAAAUUUCUAUAGGCAUGAGAAGCUAAGCCCAAGAUGCACAGACUGCACAAAUAAAUUGAUAUCAGGCAGUCAAAGCUCAACAUUCUGAUUGACAGCUCCGAGGGGUUUGUGAUGCUGCAGGUGUGACAAAUUGCUGCAGUUCUCAGUUAUUUCAGAGCUGAGAGCAAGUAAAGGUAAUCUAUGCAGCCACUUUUCUUCUAGAUCUCCAUUUUUUACCAUGACCCUUCAUGCUGCUAACCCUUUCAUGACAAAUUCCCACUAUAAUUUUUCAUGACAACUUCCUAUUCUUUGUUUUACAGAAUCUCACAUAACAUUAUUUUCCAAUAAGAAAUAUUUCCUACAUACAUACAUGUAGCAAAACAAUCCAUUAUGGUGAACUAAUUAAAAAAUAAUUUAAAUAGAUAAAUAAUUUUUAUAUAAAACCAUAAUCUGCCUCUUAUUGUUAAAAACUAGGUAAUGUCUUCAAAUUUCAUUUUGUUAUCUAUUUUUGUAGAGAAAUAAUGAGUUUUAUAUAUAUAUACAUACACACACACACACACACACACACACACUCUGUAAAGCACCAAUGUUGCCAAGAAAAGUAAUGUUGCACAACAUAUGCUUAAUUAUCAGAUUUAGAUUGCAUUAUUUGAAUACAAAGUACAUUUCUUAUUCUGUUGAGAGAGAUGAAUAUGUUAGCAAUAUGUUAGAAUAACGUUUCAAAUCAUUUAUCUACAAAAAAUUUAAUGGACUUUAAUAGUGACUUGUGCAGUUUUAACCUCACAGCUUUUGAUCAUUUGAAAGCUUAAAUAAAUUAAUAAAACAAGGCCAUAGUUUGAUCUGGUAUGUUGUAUGUGAAUGAUAGGAAAAAGAUUUACUACAAAAUUGCAUAUUUUAUGUAAAUGAAAAGACAUAUUGUUCUUAAAUAGAUGUUUUUCACAUCCCAUUGGUUAUAGAGAAAAGCCAAAUUGUAAAGUUCUUGGAAUGUGAAUAAUUGAUGUUAUUUUACAAAACGAAACGAAAUAACUAAUCUUUAAAAAAAAUGUAAAGAUAAUAAAAUUUCAUUAAAAUUUUUAUUUUUGUAUCUGUUGGCAUUUAUUUAUUUCUCCAUUAAAUUCCUAAAUAACACAUUUAGCACAUGAUAAAACAAUGAUAAGAGUAACACUAAGAACUUUUUGAGGUUUGGAGAGAGGACAACUGAAGGAUGAAAGCUAUGAGUUUUAGAAGAAUGCACAACACUGAAAAUCUUUGGUUUACAGGGUAUGGAACUGUAAUGGAUCUUCUGAGUUCUACAACAGUGCCAUUCUAAAUGAAUCCCUAUUGGUGGUCACCUGGGAAAAGUGAACACAAAGCCUAAAAUCUCAACAUUUUAUUUUAUCUGAAUUUUCUUCAUCUUAGUAGUGAUAUCAGUCACUGAAUACACAAACAUCAUUACCCUUUGCAUAUUGAGUUACUGAGGAAAUGUGAUUUUAUUAGUGGGAACUUACCACCAAUGAUUAUUUUACAAUGGAUAGAUUGGGUUAGUGGGCAGGUGGACGAGCACCAGCAGAAGACACUGCGGUACAUUUGUUUGGUGGCAAUGAGGCCAAUGCAUCACUCCAUUGUACAAAAAAAACCUGAAAAGAUUUCCCCCCAAGAGUAACUAGUGUUUAGGAGAUUCCUGCUUUAUUACAUGGAGGACAUGUUAGUCAGAACUGCUGCAUUGGAGGUAUAAUAGACAUAUCUCCUUCCCUGUCUUCUGUCUUUCUCUAGCGUGUGGGUAAAUAAAGCAUAUAGGAUGUUAGUUGUUUUAGCAGGUAGAUGAUGUUAUUAAAGCCUACUGUAGUGUCUAUGUUGGUAGAAGUUUGCUGGCUCUGUUCCCAGCAAUGGGGCAAACUGUUUUACAAUGGUUUGCCCUCUUACCUAUGUCUCUCUGAGCGCUUGGUGUCCUCUUAGGCAGGUACACAACAUCCUGCUACUCACUCUUUGGCUGAGAGCAUUAGCUGUUUACUCCCAGCCAUUCAAUGCUCAUCUGUGUAUUGAAAUGUAAAGAAUUGAUAUUAGCCAGCCUGGAUAAUGAUGUUCCAAUGAAAACUGAACACUGAUCAUAACUAGCCAUCAGCUUAUGAUACUUCUGGAGAGUAUAAUUCAUCUGAAUAGCAUGGAUCUCACAGGAUUGUUUCAUUGCUUGCUUUAGUAAGGAGCCUCUCUUCCAGGAAUAACGUGCAUAAUGUCUUCCUCUUGCUCUGUCCUCAUAUAUGGUCCCAUUGACUAUAGUACAAACUAAUCAACAUCCAUCAGCCUUAAAUAGCCAUCCCCCUUAUGGCAUACCCAUCAGCUAGCACCCGCUCUUCUCGUAACUCUAUACCUCUAUCAUAAAUAGAUGAUUAUAGAUCAUACCUUUACAUACACAGCAUUGGUUUAUAUAAUUAUUAGUUGAAUAGUUUAAUUCAUGGACAUAAAGCUGAAUUGAAUAAAAAAAAUAAAAAAAAUGAAAAACGCUAUGACUGUUGCUGUGUCGGACAAUAUCUCCACAAAAGCACUUUAUACCUAAAUUUUGCAAUUUAUCUUUAAGUUCAAUACAAUUUAGAGUCAAAUCAAUAAAUCUCACAGAAACAAGUCUUCAGAUAUACAAAAUAUAUCACUCAUACGUGUAUGGGCCUUCUUCAACUCUUGUCUCUAGACGUGCAAUUCAGACGAAUUUUGGGCAAUUCGGACAUUUGGAUACUUCUGAAGUUACGAAGUCCCUGAGCGGUGGGUGGGGGCCCUAAAGUAAAAUAAGGGGGGGACCUAUUGUCCCACCCCUGAGCGGCGGUUGGGGGCCCUAAAUACCAACAUGGGGGGACCUAUUGUCCUCUCCCUGGUCCCCACCCCUGAGCGGCACAUGGGGGCCCUAAAUUAGAAUAAGGGAAGACACCUAUUGACCUCCCCCCAGCCCCCGCCCUUGAGCGACGGGUGGGGGCCCUACAGUAAAAUAAGGGGGGGUACUUAAAGUUCUCCCCCAUGGCCCCCACCCCUGAGCGGCGGGUGGGGGCCCUAAAUUAGAAUAAGGGGGGACCUAGUGUCCUCUCCUGGCCCCAACGCCUGAGUGGCGAAUGGAGGUCCUAAAGUAAAAUAAGGGCGGGACCUAUUGUCCUUCCCCCCCAGCUCCCACCCCUGAGCGGUAGGUUGGGGCCCUAAAUUAGAAUAAGGGGGGAUCUAUUGUUCUCCCCCUUGGCCCUCACCCCUGAGCAGUGGGUGGGGGCCCUAAAUACCAGUAAGGAGGGGACCUAUUGUCCUCCCCCCCGGCCCCCACCCCUGAGCGGCGGGUGGAGGCCCUAAAUAAAAAUUUACCCCCCCCCCCCAGGUGACUAGGGGUCUCCAAACCCCUAGUCAACCCCUCCCAAAAAUAUUAGUAAACCCCUACCUACCCCCCACACCCUAAAAAUAGUUAGGGGGGACCAAUAACUAAGUACCUGUAAAAAAAUAAAUAAAAGUUAUCAUUUGAUGUCUUCUUUUUUCCCAAAUCUUCCUUUUUCAGCCCCAAAAAAAGCCAAAUAAAAAAAACAUAAUAUCCGUCGCACUUUGAAAAGAAAUAAAUAAAUAAUACACCGAGCGCAAAAAAAAAAAUCAGACGAAAAAAAACACCCUGAUGCUGAAAAAGUAAUUCAUCUUCACCCAUGGAGGGCACCACGCAGACUGAGCUCACGCAGACUGAGCCUUGCCCCGCCCUGCAAUAAGGCUCAGAGCACUCUGAUUGGUUGGUUUAAGCCCUCCAAUCAGAGUGCUCUGACAGGUAAAUGAAGAGACUGAAAGGUAAGUCUCUACAUUUACCUGUCACAGUACUAUGAUUGGUUAGCUUGAAAUCCAACCAAUCAGAGUGCUCUGUGUCAUUUUACACAGCAUGGGAAAGUUCUUUUGAAUUUUCCCACGCUGUGUAAUUUGACUCAUAACAACACUCUGAUUGGUUGAUUGAGGGUAUUUAGGGUAUUUUACGGCCCCCAGCCACUGCUCAGGGGUGGGGGCCGGGGGGAGGACAAUAGGUUCCCCCCCUUACUGGUAUUUAGGGCCGCCGCUCAGGGGUGGGGGCCGGGGAGGAGGACAACAGGUCCCCCCCCAUUAUUUUACUUUAGGGCCCCCACCCGCCGUAUUUAGGCGGGUGGGGGCCGGGGGGAGGACAAUAGGCCCCCCCCCCAUUAUUUUACUUUAGGGCAACCACAUGCCGCUCAGGGUUGGGGGCCGGGGGCAAUAUUAUUUUGUAUAUCAAUUAGUUAUCUCUAUUCUAUAAUUGUAAAGUACUGUGGAAUAUGUAGGCACUAUAUAAAUACUCCUACUCUUACUACUACUAAUAUACUAAUAUUUCUAUAAGAAUAUAUAUGUUAUAUUUUUCCUUCACUAAUAAAUUAAUCCAUCUCAUAUUUUUUUGUGUUAUUAUUUUAAUUUCAUAAUAUAUCCAAGAUUAGCCCUCUCUCGUGUUCCCUUUUAUUAUUUUUACAUUUACAAAGCUAUAUAAAACAAUAUAAUUAAUAUGCUCUGAUUAUUUUACAUAAAAUAUGAAAGAAGUAUAAAUAGAGAAUUUAAAAGUCAGAUUUUAUAAUUUAAUAUAAAACCACAAAAUAACUUGAUUGUGCUAGAAGCAAAAUAUAAAAACAACUCAUUGUUGGCUUAGAUAGACUGUUAUUUAUAAAACAUUUCACAUAAGCAUCUUAUCAGGAGUCAAAGGCUAAAGCCACAAUCUAUUCGUUUUCUAGUACCAAAGUCGUACUUCGCUAACCUUGAAUACCUAUGA